CGGGUCAGCACAGAGUGAGCAGAGAAAAAUCAUGGCUGCUCAUUCUCCUGGGGAAGGAAAUAUACGUUAAUAAAAGGAGCAUCACACUCAUAAAGCAGAGCUGAGGCCAUGGUGGAGGAAUCACAAGAAAAAAGGUCUUGACUUCUUUGCUGCAGGAGAAGAUAAGAAGUCUUUUCUUGAAACUUCAACUCUGUCUCCACUGACCUACUGUACUUCUGCACAAAGAAGCAGUCCCAAGGAUGGAAAACCCUCUCUUCUCCUCUGCUUUCCUGCCGCUCUCACUGUUGGCCUUUGUGAGCCAGGUCUUGGUGAGCCGGGCAUGGACUACUCCUGACUGCACCAUAGCAGACAGCUCCCUACUGACUAACCUCUCCUAUUACAUCCCAUUCUGUUCCUUGGCCCCAGGACUGUACCUUUUUGCAUCAUGCUCUAACAUUAAAGAUGUGGCUCAGACCCUGAGAGCAGUGCCCCAGGAUAGAGAAGCACUUUGUCUCCAAGGAAUGGGUUCUGUCCUGCCAGCCAAUGCCUUUGCUGACUUCUCCUCCCUGCAGCUUUUGAGGCUACAGUUGGGCAAUUUGAAAGUUACUUCUAAGGCCUUCCAAGGACUGGACCAGCUGCAACACCUUUACUUUGAGCACCACGCUCCCUGUUGCCUGAGUCUAUUCCUCCCUCCAGAUGUUCUGGAGCCCCUCAGAUCACUCCACAGCCUUUCCUUUCAAGGUUACUGUCUGAAUUCUAGUCAGAACAUCCAGCUGCCAAUCAGCCUUACUUGUCUGACUCUGAGGCACAGCUGUUUGACAAAGCUGCAGGAACUGCAGGGGCUGUUCUCAAAUCUUGUGCCUGGUUCCACUCUUACAGCCAGCCCCAGACCAUCGGUAUAUUUUUUGGAGGUACUGGAUUUAUCAUCCAACCUGCAACUGAGCCAGGCAGGUGUCAGAGCCCUUCAUGGCCUCCAGCUGCAUUCCCUGAUAUUGGAUAGCACCCCAUUAAGUUCUUUAGGCCUCCUAGACUCAGGACUUCUCCACCUGGACUUCCUCUCUCUUGUGGAUAAAGGUAUAAAAAAGCUCCCUGGGAAUGUGACAGGGUACUUUGCCCUUCAUGCACUUGACCUUGGGAGGAAUCAAAUCCAAAACAUAGAGGAUCCAGAUCUUGCAAGUUGCCACUCGCUGGAAAUCCUCAGCCUUCAUGAUAAUGGCCUGCGAUCUCUUCCUAUCAGGUUUCUGAGUGUUCUGCCCCAGCUUCAGAGGCUCAACCUGUCCAUGAAUAACCUAGGCCCAACCUUGGUGCUCCAAGGGCUGGUUAGUGCAAAGCUGAGAGUGCUCGAUCUGUCCUACAAUGAGUUGUGUAAUCUGCCAUAUGGGGCCUUCUCCUUUCUUCCCCAGCUUCAGGAGCUCUGGCUGCGUGGCAACAACAUCUCCAGCUUAAUCAAUGGGAGUCUGGAGGGACUCAGGUGGCUGAAGACCCUAGACCUGAGUUGGAACCAAAUUAAGGUUCUAAAUCCAGGCUGGCUCUCCUCUCUUCCUGCCCUCAUUUCACUGAACCUCCUGGGUACCUAUUUAGAGCAUAUCCUGGGCAAGCAGCUCCAGGGUCCCCACAAGCUGCACUGUCUGCAGCUGGGUUCUCUUGAUAUGCUGGACAUCUACUCACCCUGGCCUCCAGCACUGCUCAGCUUGGAGGUGAGGGCUGAAGGGUUCAUCCGGUUCAUAGUCCACAAUGAGGAACCAUUCUUGCUCUUGGAGAAUCUUACCUUACAAUCUGCCAAUGCACAGUUGUUUUCAUACAACACCACAGUUUAUUUCCCUUCCCUGCAUCACCUUACUUUGAGAGGCAUCAGUUCCUACAUUUUUUCCAGCCAUCAGCCCCUGAAAUUUUUCCCAGAGCUUCCUCUCCUAGAACACUUACACUUCUGGUCUGAUCACAUGGACGCAGACACCAUGUGUCUGUUAGGCAUGCCCAGGCUGCAAGUGCUGGAGCUGGGAGACCUAAACUUCCUCUCUGAGUUCAGUUUAGUGAAUCUGGAGAUACUUCUGAAGCAAGUGCCUCAAUUACAGGUGCUGGUUUUAAGCCAUCUGAAUCCUGGGACCCUUUCCAUGUCCACUUUCAGGGACUUGGGCCACCUCCAGCUGUUGCUGGUCAACUCUGAAUACUCCCUAGGGCUGGACAGUAACCUUCAGGAGCUAAUCCCCCAGAUGCCGCCAUAUGUUUUUUUCUCAGAUAUCACCUUCACCUGCCAGUGUGAAAGCUCUUGGGUAGGUCCUUGGGCAACACGGGCUCCCAACACCUUUGUGUAUGGGCUGGACAAAUCCAUCUGCAUAGCAGAUGCUUCUGACUACUCCAAGACUCCACUCCUCUCCUUCUUUUCUGAUCACUGCACACAUGAUCCCGGGUUUCAGGGCUUUCUCGCCAGCUUCAGUCUUGUAUCCCUGAUGUCCAUCCUUGCACUACUUGGCUGUCGCAAGUGGUACUGGCUUCACAACCUCCAAAAUCUUUUUCAUGCCUGGUGGUGGGAGUUAUGUGGUCGUGGUCCCAGAAGACAACUCUACUAUGAUGUCUUUGUAUCCUAUUGUGAGCAGGACCAAGCCUGGGUGCUGGAAGAACUGGUUCCUGCCCUGGAGAAGCCUCCUCCAAUGGGUGAGGGUUUGAAACUAUGCCUGCCAUACAGGGACUUUGGACUUGGGCAGGACAGGAUGGAUGCCACUGUUGCCAACAUGAAGAUUAGCAGAGCCAUUCUCUGUGUGCUCAGCUGCCAAGCCCUGAAAAGUACCUGGUGCAAUCUGGAGUUAAGGCUUGCUACCUACCACUUGGUGGUCAGGCCUCGGAUGGCCCGCCCCCUGCUGCUGUUUCUGGAGCCUAUCAAUAGCCAAGAACUAUGCAGCUACCACCGUCUCACCCGGUGGCUCCAGAAGGAGGACUAUUUUGAUUUGCAUCAAGGGAGGGAGGAUUGGGAUUCUUUCUGUGAGCAACUUAGGAGACGACUAAGGAAAGUGGGACAAGAAAGAGAAGAUUAGGGGCGAUAAGUGCCUGAGGCAUGCAGGAAUAUCUCCAACAGUGGUUUGUAUGAUAUCACAUCACUGGGCAGGCUCACCAAGGGAUUUUCUCAGCGAUUUUUACUCUAAGCUUUCUUCUGGCACUAAAAAUGGCAUAGCUGAGGAUACCUAAUCCCUGUGGAAAACAAAUUUGAAAGC